CCCCAUCAGUUUUUGUGAAUCAAAGAAAUCAUGAAGGCCUUCAUCGUUCUGGUUGCCCUGGCUCUGGCCGCUCCCGCUUUCGGUCGCACCUUCGACCGCUGCUCCCUCGCCAAGGAGAUGUCCGCCCUGGGCGUCCCCCGCGACCAGCUGGCCCGCUGGACCUGCAUUGCCGAGCACGAGAGCGGCUACCGCACCCACGUGGUGGGCGCCACCAACUCCAACGGCUCCAACGACUACGGCAUCUUCCAGAUCAACAACUACUACUGGUGCGCUCCUCCCAGCGGUCGCUUCUCCUACAACGAGUGCGGCCUCAGCUGCAACGCCCUCCUCACCGACGACAUCACCCACUCCGUCCGUUGCGCCCAGAAGGUCCUCAGCCAGCAGGGCUGGUCCGCCUGGUCCACCUGGCACUUCUGCAGCGGCUCCCUGCCCUCCAUCGACAGCUGCUUCUAAAUGGAUUUUGAAUAAAAUAGUCUUUAUGAAAUGAGUAA